UAGGUAGCUACGUCACGGCACAGUCGACAAAGAGUCAUCGUCACGAGGACACCGAAGAAGGCUACCAGAGAAAACAGCGGUUGUAACUGAAAUUACCGGGGAGUGUCCACAAUUAGGUACACCUAACCUACACGUACUAUAUUUCUGUCAUGAUGAUCAUACGAUCAUUAUGAUCAUGUGAAACGUCAAGUGUCACCCAAUACUCGAAGUAAUGGCACCGUCCGGUCUCCUGACAAAGAAAGGAAGAUCUCCCGUUCCUCUGCGAGGAGUGAAAGUAGUAACAAGCGUACGUGGUUACGCUGCGCAUGUUGAGAGCAGUUUCGAGUAUGAGAACGAGGGUAGACACCCAAUUGAAGCAAUUUUUACUUUUCCAUUGGACUCUUCUUCUAUCGUCGUUGAUUUCGCGGCUACUCUCGACGACCGAAAGAUCAAAGGGAAAGUGAAGGAGAAACAGAAAGCGAAAGAUAUGUAUGAUGACGCAAUUGCAGGCGGUCAGUCUGCCUUUCUGAUGGAAUCCGAGCGUGACGAUAUCUUCACUGUGAGUGUGGGCAAUCUUCCCGCUCAGAAGAAGGCUGUGGUGACGCUGAAGUACAUUACGGAGCUGCAUACCGAGCAUGAUGGCUCGGUCAAACUCAAUUUGCCGUCCGUUCUCACUCCAAGGUACAGCAAGGCCGGAGAAAAAAUUCAACAAAAGAUGUUACUUAUCUUCCUGCUUCUCGGAUUCCCUACACUUUCAGUUUCAACGCUCGAAUUGAAGGCGACGUGAAUAAAGUAGAAUCGGUCAGCCAUAAGCUGAAAGUGACAACAACUAUUGAUGAUAAAGGGUUCCAAGUGACUGAUGUAACACUGGCUGAAGAACAUAGGUUUGAUAAAGAUCUUGUUCUAACCAUAGCGCCUGGCAAUCUUCACAGGCCACAUGUCAUUGUAGAGGCAGGGAGUGAUUCUGUAGUCAAUCAUUUGUUGCUGCAGAACCAGGCCAUCUCUUUGAAUUACUUUCCAGAUUUCAGCUCUGCUGAAUCUGUCAGUGAGCUGGUGUUUGUUAUUGAUAGAAGUCUUAGUAUGACUGGAUCAGACAUCGAUGCGGCAAAGGAAACACUAAUGCUAUUUCUUAAAAGCAUCCCAAAGGGCUGCUUUUUUAACAUCGUAGGAUUUGGCUCUACGUAUACGUUUUUGUUUCCGUGCAGUGUUCCAUAUGAUCAGACUCACCUUGAUAAGGCAUCAAAGCAUAUCCAAAGCAUUUCUGCUGAUAUGGGAGGUACAGAAUUACUAGAACCUCUCCAGAAAGUAUUUAGCAUGCGUUCAAAGAAUGGCCUUCCUAAGCAGGUGUUUGUUCUUACUGAUGGUGGAGUGUUAAGUACUUGGGCUGUUAUUAAAGAAGUGAAGGAGAAUGUUCAUGUAGCAAGGUGUUUUGCUGUCGGCAUUGGGUCUGGAGCAUCGACUGAAUUAGUGAAGGGUAUUGCUCUUUCGGGUAAUGGAUCUAGUGAAUUUAUUCAGACGGGAGAGAGAAUGCAACCAAAGGUGAUGCGAAUGCUGAAGAGAGCUCUGGCAGCAUCAAUUUCAGAUGUUUGCAUCACAUGGUCUCUUCCUGAUAAUGCUCGUGUCAUUCAGACACCAACAAAGAUUCCUCCCGUGUUCAGUGGUGAUCGUUUGAUCAUUUAUGGACUUGUAUCCAAUAUGCCAUCAUCUGUGGUGCACAACUGCUCUGCAACGAUGAAGGGUGUUGUCAGUGGCAAUCCAUUUGAGCACACGUUGUCAUUUUCACUCGAUGCGCGAAGCACUGCGCCCAGCAUGGCUAUUCACCAGCUUGCCAUUAGAUCAGUCAUUAAUGAUCUCCAAGAAGACAGCACAAGUGAAGAUACAAAAAAGAAAUUAGGCAAGUUGUCAGUGAAACGUGGUGAAAUGGCACCAAAAUCAAGAGAGAAAUUAGUGGUAGAGCUCAGCACAGCAGCUAGUGUUGUGUGUAAGCAAACAGCAUUUAUUGCUGUGAAUGAUAAAAGCGAAGUGCCUGUGCAGGGCAGCAUGGAAGUAUAUCGUAUUCCUGUAGCUGUUGCAAGUGACUCGGCCGUAAACUACUCAUCUUUUCAGACGAAGUUUACAGAUGCGCCUAUUCGUUUUACGGGAAGAGUGAUAUGUGCGAGAAGAGUGAUGUGUAAAGUAGCAGACGCAGAGUCAACGCCUUUGAGUAGAAAUGCACCUGUGCUUGAAGGUGCAAAAUCAGAAGGUGCAAAAUCAGAUGGUGCACUACCGCUUAUAGGAUGUGCAUUUGGAGGUGGCGGUUUAGGAGGUGUACAGGCCGGCCCUUACUAUGAGGAUGCUGCUCAAGUAUGUGGACCAUUUUCAUUCUCACACCAGUACGAUACAGAUAGUGAUAGUGAUGAGGAGAAUGCAGUUACUAGUGACUAUCAGAGUCAUUCUCAAACUUGGUCUCAAGGAGACUUGCUAUCAUCCAUGUUAGGCAUUGUAUCACAGCAGAAGGCAUCAGGAGCUUGGAAACUAUCUGCUGAUACUGUGCAGCUUAUCAAUAAAUCAAUGAAAGACUUGAAGUAUACCUCACCGUUUCGUACUUCGAUGUCUAAAAUUCAGUCAUCUGUGUGGGUAACUGCUGUGAUAUUAGUCUGGUUGGAGAUGAAGUUGGAUGCUUAUAGAGAUGAGUGGGAGCUGUUGGGAGAAAAGGCUAAAAGAUGGCUAAAAGAGCAAGCAUUACCACAGGGAAUAACUUUGCAGUCUCUGCUAACUGAUGCGCGUAAAUUGUUCUAAAAUUCCGUGGACUCUAAUGGAGUGCAUUGUGUUAGUUUGACUCUUGACUUAUGUGCUACUUGCUACAAGCUGUUUCUGCUGUCUAGCUGAGAGAUUUAUGUACUGGCUUUGUCGAUAUGCAAACUGACAUUUUGCACACCCUGAA